GUUCUUUCAUUUCAGUCCUCUCAACCCAUUUUUUUGAACGGAAGCGCCAUACUCGCCGAGGAACCUCUCUUCGAAAAAAUUAGUUCUUUUCUUCCUCAAUCUAGGUUUCUGAAUCCCUAAUUCCUGGUCCUUCUCUUUCUCUUUCUCUCUCUGAAUCUCCCUCUCUUCAAAGCUGUAGGGAGAGAGACAAGAGAGAGAAGAAUCAAGAUUUCAAAAUUUCGAUGGCCUCUCCCUGUUUCUGAGGCGGACAGCUAGAGCGCUCGUUGUCUCAUUCCACGACAAAAAAAAUUGCAGGGAGAAGGCAAGUAGCGUGGAAGGGAAUUGAUAUAUCAAUGGCAUUUUGUCUCUUUCAAGUGAGAUCGUAUGGAGGGGGAAAUGGCUGAAGAAAUGGACUUUAUUGUUGAAGAUGCGUUUGAUUCAGAAAUCGAUCUCGAUUACGAGUUUGACGCGGUUAGGUGCUUCGAUUUCAGUCGUCCGGAAUCACAUGCAGAGGCUAGGGAGGCAGAGUCGUGGUUUGAAUCUGCUGGAACUUAUCCACCUUCGCCUUUUGUAAUAAAGUUGAUCCAGGAAGAAGAUAUUGACGUGGAAAAUUUAAAUUCAUCUCCAAGUUGCAAAGAAAGCGAAAACAUGAGUUCUAUUAGGAAUGACUCGGACAUUAGCAUGGCUCCUGAAGUCUCUGUAGAUGAAAACAACAGAGAACACAUUCCGAAAGAUAAAAUGGUUUCUGCAAUCUGGUCAUCUCUUUCAAGGAGUUCAACUUUAAUGAAACCCACAGCAAGUGUGUUAGCCAAGCAAAAUAAACCACGAGAAGCAAAUUUUACUAGAUUUCUGAGAAGGUUUCAGAAGCCAUGUAAAAUCAGUGAGAAAAGUUCAAAGAAUCACCCUGUGAUUGACAACCCAGAAACCAAAAGACAAAAGCUAGAGACUGGCUACUUGCGUAAGGUUGCUCAUCUAAAGCACCAGUCGCUUUUGCUACACAAAGUACCUAAAAUGCCUGGACACCUUGAUCAUCAUAAUAGAAAGAGGGUUACCAUUCCAAGAGAACCUGACCUGGAAACAGCUCAGAGGGCACAUAGACAUAGGCCCAAGAAUAAUGUGGAGUCAGACAGACAUGCAAAACCAAAUGCUCGCCCCUUUAAAGCACGCCCCUUGAAUAGAAAAAUCUUGGAGGCUCCUUCUCUGCCCUUCCCUAAGAAGAGCACACCACAGUUGCCUGAGUUUCAAGUCUUUCACCUGAAGACAGCAGAGAGGGCUUUGCAACACACAUCAGAUAAUGCAACAAUAAUUUCUCGUUCGCUUUCACAUAAUGAAUCGAUCAACAUCACAAGAGAAAGCCUUCUAGAUGCUUUAACGGCGGACAAAUCUGCAACAGCUCACAAGUUCAAAGGUCAACCUCUUAAUGAGAAGGAAUUCAAGGUUCCAAGCUAUACGAGGUUGCUUUGUGAUCCUCCAGUAGACUUGUUUAAUAAGCUCUCCUUGACAUCUGAGGUCCAUCCUAAACCGCUCCUUCCUGCCAAGUGCUCAAAAGAGAAUGCACCCAGCUGCUUUCAUCAAGAAGUUGGGAUGAUAAAUGAAGUCAAAGAAAAACCACGAAGAUUUGGGGGGAAACAGACCCAGUGUGGUGUUGACCAGAGGAUCCCAAAAAUUGGUCACAGAGCUAGCAUUAACAGGAGCUUGGACAUCCGUUGAAAAUGCAAGCGAUCCAAGUUUCUCGAGGACCACUCUCAGUUAUACUUAUCUUUAUGCAACAUUGCAGCUGGUGAGUAUUCCACAUUUUUUGUUGAUAGUUGCUUGCUUAACUGCACAAGCCGUGGAAAUCGACAUCACUGCAUUUUUCAUAUGCAAGUUGGAAACCCUUCUCUGCCUACGAAUUGUAUUUUAUGCUGCAGAGGUCUUUUUAUUGUUUCGGUUUGUUGUAGCCAAAGGAAAUAUUUUAAAUGUUCAUUAUGAAAUGGUGGCCAUCCAUCCGUUAGAAUGUCGAGGGCAAGUAUUGUACAGUCUUCAAUCGCCCCUCUCUUUUUAUAUGGUAAAAGCUACAUUGUAAUACUUGUAGGCCAUGUGAAGUACGUAGAUAAUUUAUAAAUUGAUUGGGAAAAAUACUCAAAA